AUGAGGAAAAGUGAGGUGAUUGCUGCUGAAUCAGUGGCUUGCCUGAAUAAAGCACUCUGCCAUUUGAAAGAUAUCUGGGAGGAAAUUGGGAUCCCAGAGGAUCAGCGGCUGCAGAGAACAAAUGUAGUCAAAAAUCACAUCAAGAGUUUGCUUGACAUGAUGAUUGCGGAGGAGGAGAACCUGAGGAAGAGACUUAUAAAUAGCAUUGAGACAUGUCGCAAAGAGUUGGAGAAGUUAUGCCUGGAACUCCAGUUACCACAAUUUGAAGAGGAGGAAGGUAAUACAAUGCUUCAGCAGGAAAAAGACAUUCGUACACGACUUGAAGUUAUGUUGAAAGAAAAGAGUCAGAGAAUGCAGCAGCUCAAAGCACUGACGGUGCAAGACCAAGAUCUCUGUGACAUUCUCUGCACAAAGCCUUUCUCCAUUUCUUCAAACUCCGUCCCUUCCCUUGAGCAGUUGGACAGCUUUCAAAAACACAUUGCUAGUCUCUCAGAAGAAAAGGAACGGAGGCAGAGGCAGUUUCUUGAACUGAAGAGGCAAAUCAUUCUGUGCAUGGAGGACCUGGAUCAGUUGCCUGAGACUAGUUUUGAAAAGGAUGUUGUGUGUGAGGAUGAGGAGGCUUUUUGUCUCUCCAGAGAAAACAUCGAUUCACUGAAACACCUCCUCAACCAGUUGGAAGGUCGUAGGGCAGAGAAUGAACGCGUCUGUGACUCCUAUCGCAGCAAGAUCCAGGAGUUGUGGGAGAGACUACAGACUUCACAGGAGGAGCAAGAAGCCAUGUCAGAACAUAUGACCAUGUCUAAGAAGAAGAAUAUGGAAGCUUUACAAAAUGAGCUAAAUCGUCUUGAGGAGCUGAAGCUAAAAAAUAUCCAAAAUGUUACUGAGGCCAUCCGUGAGGAGAUAGCUGUUUUCUGGGAUAAAUGCUUUUAUAGCACAGAUCAACGGCAGGCUUUCACACCUUAUUAUGAUGAUCAUUUCAACGAGGACCUUCUGAGCCUGCAUGAUGCAGAGAUCCUCCGUCUUAAGCAGCACUAUGAGGAUCAUAAGGAACUCUUUGAAGGUGUUUAUAAAUGGGAGGAGAGCUGGAGACUUUAUUUGGAGCUUGAGAAAAAAGCAACAGACCCCUCAAGAUUUACCAACAGGGGAGGUAACCUCUUAAAGGAGGAGAAGCAAAGGGCUGAGCUGCACAAAAACCUCCCGAAGCUUGAGAAGAAGCUGAAAGCCCAGAUUGAUGUUUGGGAAGAGGAGCAGGGCAGGGAGUUCCUGGUUAAAGGACAGAAGUUUAUGCAGUUUGUUGCUGAGCAGUGGGACCUGCAUCGUUUGGAGAAAGAGCGGGAGAAACAAGAAAGGCACCUGAAAAAGAGCAAACAGAUGGAGGAGGACAUGCUUUACGGCACUGCGGUUCGAACACCAACCAAACGCAGAUUUCUUGGCACCACCACACCAUGCAAGACACGAAAGCUCAAUGCUACCUCAGGUACCUCCACCGCCACCUCUAACAGCACUAUGCGCUCUGUCUUUGGCGGGACUGUCUGUCAUUCCCCAGUGUCUCGACCUCCGCCGUCAGCAAGCAAGGCUAAUGCUCCACGAACUCCAGGGCGUGGUAAAGCCCUUCAUCAGGGCCUGCAGGAGCGUAAUAAGGAGAAUAUAUGCCAGCUGGGAGGGGCUGUCAGCAGUGCAUUGAAGGUGACACCUAGUCCACAGCGCAACUUCAGCAUUAACUCUGUUGCCAGCACAUAUUCAGAGUUUGCGCGAGACCUCUCAAAGGCUUCUAAGUCCAAGUGCAUUCCAGAAGUCCUGAACUCAACCAUCACUCAGCUCUGA